AUGUUUCCACAUCAUUUUCAUUACGAAGAUGUAUCACGUCAGGAUCCGUUGCUCAAACCGAAUCACGCCAUCGUUACGGAAGUUCUUGGAUCGUGUCAAAUCAGAGUCGUACCAAAGGCAGCACCUUUUUCUUUCAUAAUCCAAAAUGGAAAAUUGGCUAUAGAGAUUCCACGCGGUCAGAAAAUCAUACAGACACAACGGGCUUCGACGGGAAAGUCGUUUCGAUCCAAUCCAUUUUGGGGGUCAAAUAAAGACAAAAAGGGAUAUGUCAGUGACCUAGCACGAAAAAGCACUCUUCAAGGGCAUGGAAUGUCACAUUUUUUGGUCAGAAUAUCCACAGUAAUGUCUCUGUUAGAUUCUCUGGUCGAAAUACGGGAAAAGUCCAUUCAAUUCUCGAUGGAAACGGAGUUUUGCGAAUUCUCCCCGGAACUUAUAGAUUAUUUUGAGAUCUUCGAACAUAUUCGAGGGUUCAAUGUGACUAUUGUCACUUUGGCCAACACACAAGAUGAGACUUUACCACCAUAG